UAACGCUCGCUCGCAACCAGUAUCAGUCGGGCGGGCUCUUUUACUUAGCUUUAAUUUAGUUUGCUUUUGCAACUUGACCAAGCAAGUUGGUUUGUGUUUAGUGCAGUGAGAAUUUAAAACUCGCGGAAUAAUUUCUUUAUCAAAUACAUUUGAAUCGGUAAAGUGUUAAUUAAGUUAGUGCUGUGUUUACUUAAAGUGAAUGUUUGAACUGUUUGGUACUUUUGAAACUUUGAUUUGGCUAUUCUAACUUUCCAGAUUCUUAUCUCAUACUGGACAAUACAUUCAGCCGAGGAUUUCAUUUUAAUGUCGGUGGCAGGAAAAUGUAAAGAAAUCAGCUAAUUAGCACAAAAGAUGGAUAUAAAAAACGGGCGGUGGUCGCGGCGACGUUGCUGCAGGUGAACCGUUGCAACCAUGAUACAACUAUGGACGCAUGUGGUGGUUGCUGCCCUCGCGGUAGUAACCACUCGUGCUUACCUCAUCAUCGUACCAGACUCCGCGCCGCCAGGGCAUCUAGUCCUAGAUGCCGCUGUCUACAAGCUCGGCUCUGAACGCACAUACACCAUAGACGUCCAUCGCACAGCAAACUUCGUUCAUCACAUCCUAAGGGUUAACAAGACAAGUGGCCUGGUUACGCUUAGAAAACGACUUCGGUGCGACGGUAUCCUUUAUCCGAAUCUCUUCACCUUCUACGUGGAUUCUACUUCAGAGCGUAUCCGUGAUAUUGAUUACUACAGUCUACCUAUUAGGAUAUUAGUAACGGGAGAAGACUGUAGUAGACGCCAUGCAGACUUAUACGAUAUUGAUUUUGAUAGAGUCUACGACCAAAACGAUGCCGCGUUACAGUAUGAAGAUAGUUACACAAUUAGAGAUAAGAGAGAAGUCGUUUAUCAAGAGAGUAUAGACUGGAGGUUGUUAGAAGCAGAAGAGUUGGUCUCUAGUCAAUAUAAUGUAUUGUCCACGGCCUAUCCGUGGUCAGACGCUAUGUUUGAAGAAUCCGUAGCGAGAAAUAGAAGUAGAACAAAACGAUCUCAUAGUUUAGUACCUUUUGAUAUGGCCAUAGAUGUUAAAAUAGCUGAAGCAAAACAAUGGAUAUCAGAGACGUAUGCCAGUUUCGCGAUUCCGACGACGGACCGCUGGCAAGGGAUUUGCUUGAAACAAUCGCAGUUCGUGAAUUCUUUGACGGCAUUUUUGCCACGGACUGUACAGAAAAUGUGUAAAGUGCAGUUUUUGGAUGUAAGCGAUCCGAGGUUCUUGAUAGAGAAUAGUCAAGGCGACUUGGUAGCCGCUGAUGACGUAUGCAUACAAGAACCAAUGUGGAAAGUAUCAAUUCUAUUCACCUUCAAUUGUGAUCAGACCUACAUCGUAGACUCGGAUCAUAGGCUCAAAAUUGUAUAUCAUCACAAGGAGUUGAACGACACCGACAUAGCUAAAAGAGUGAAGAGAGAACUUCGAAAUCAGUCUCCGUAUUUUGAACAAGCACUUUACGUCGCUUCAGUAGCUGAGGAACAACCGCCUGGUGUGAUCGUGACCACUGUGAAGGCACGAGAUCCAGAAAACAGUCCCGUGACAUAUUCGAUGUCAAGUCUACUCGACUCGAGAUCGGCUGGCAUGUUCGCUGUGGACACGAGAUCGGGCGUGGUGACCACACAAGCAAGGCUGGAUCGAGAGAGACUAGAUGUACAUUACUUCAGGGUUGUGGCUCAAGACGACACCUUUCCGCCAAGAAGCGGAACUACGACUUUACAGAUUAACGUUCUGGAUUGCAAUGAUCAUUCGCCGGUCUUCGAGAUGCAGCAGUACGAAGCUUCGGUUCGGGAAGGCGCCAGCUCUGGUACAACGGUCCUAACACUAAAGGCCACUGACCAGGAUAUAGGAAAAAAUGCCGAGGUCGAAUACACAAUCGAACUAGUAACAGCAGAUACUCUCAAUCCAGAAGACGCUAGUGAAUCAACGGAUUCGGGUUCUAGUUCAGUUCAAGACGUGUUCAGAAUAGAUGGGCGUAGUGGAGCCCUUCUCACUAGAGCUUCCCUAGACCGUGAGAAGGUGGCCCGGUACACAGUCUUGGUGAAGGCCACGGACCAAGCCAGUCCCGUCUCUGAUAGACUGUCUAGCACAGCAACGAUUCACGUCAACAUCAUAGACGACAACGAUAACUAUCCACAGUUCAGCGAGAAGACGUACACGGUCAGCGUCGACGAAGAUAUCAGUGUAACCGAUAAUCCUGUCAUAGCAAAGAUCAAAGCAACAGACGCAGACGUCGGUGCUAACUCUGCAAUAAGAUACGCGAUCAUCGGCGGUAACACACAGAUGCAGUUCUCCAUAGACAGCCUGAGUGGCGAUGUCUCGCUUGUCAAGACCCUGGACUACGAACAAGUCCGGAGCUACAGACUCGUGAUCAGAGCUCAAGACGGAGGCAGUCCAUCCAGAUCAAACACCACCCAACUGUUGAUCAACAUUAGAGACGUGAAUGACAACGCUCCGAGAUUCUACACGUCGCUGUUCCAAGAGUCAGUCAGCGAAAAUGUCCCUAUUGGAUACAGUAUUGUUAGAGUACAAGCAUACGAUGCAGAUGAAGGCGUCAACGCAGAACUAACUUACACUAUGACGGAUAAAGACUAUACCGGGAACGUUGACCUUCCGAUCACAAUAGACCCGAGGUCAGGAUGGGUCUAUACUUCUGGGCAACUGGAUAGGGAAACUCAAGCUAAAUAUCAACUAUUGGUAACAGCGACGGAUGGGGGCGACCCCCCGCGUUCAGCAACAGCUACCGUUGUGGUCGUCAUACAAGACGUGAACGAUAAUGAUCCGGUGUUUAUGCCGGGACAAUACGAAGUGGAACUGGCUGAAGACGAGCCCCCGGGGACACCUGUCGUGACCCUCACUGCCACCGACGCCGAUGAGGAUAACAGGUUACACUACGAGAUCACAGGCGGGAACACUCGCGGCAGAUUCUCCAUAACGUCACAGAACGGUCGCGGCCUCAUCACCGUAGCCCAGCCGUUGGACUUCAAGCAGGAGAGGCGGUACGUGCUGACCGUGUCCGCCACGGACUCCGGCGGCAGAUCCGACACAGCGAUGGUGCAAAUCAACAUUACCGACGCCAAUAACUACGCGCCCGUAUUCGAAAACGCACCUUACACUGCCUCUGUUUUUGAAGAUGCACCGAUCGGCACAACGGUCUUAGUCGUUUCAGCAACGGACAGCGAUGUAGGAAUCAAUGCGCAGAUCACGUACAGCCUCAGCUCAGAAAUAUCCAAUGAGGCCGUCGCACACCACGACCAACAGUUCGUGAUUAAUCCGCAAACGGGAGCCAUUACGACCAAUAAGUUACUUGACAGAGAAACUAUGAGUGGAUAUUUAUUAACUGUGACCGCCCGAGAUGGCGGCGUACCCUCCCUGUCUGACACAACCGACGUCGAGAUAUCGGUCGUCGAUGUGAACGACAACGAGCCGGUCUUCAAGCAACAGCUCUACACCGCGAACAUAAUGGAGGACGCUUUAGUUGGUACAUCGGUAUCUCAGGUCGGCGCGACGGACGCUGACGUCGGUUUGAACGGUCGCAUUCAUUACGAAUUAGACCCUAAAGACAGGGAGGAAGGCUCAUUUGUCAUUGAUCCAGCUUCGGGUGUUAUCAGAACAAACAAGGCUCUGGACAGAGAGUCAGUAGCGACUCACGACUUAAAGGCCGUGGCCAUUGAUGGCGGAACUCCACCACAAAGCUCGACUGUAAUAGUCCACAUAAAGAUCGAAGAUAUCAACGACUCGCCACCGGUGUUCGAAAGCGAUUGCCUCACGUUUUACAUAUCGGAGAACAGUCCCAUCGGCACCACGAUCGGAGAGAUACGCGCGCACGAUCCCGACGAAGGACCCAACGCUGUUGUGCACUACUCUAUCAAAGGAGGUGACGAUUCGAACAGUUUUUCGCUGGAAACUCGUCAAGGCUCCGACAAGGCUGAACUAGUGACAAUGGUGGAUCUCGACUACGAGAGCCCCAGGAAGAAGUACGAAUUAGUUAUCAGAGCGGCGAGCCCUCCGCUCUGGAAUGACGUCAGAGUGGAAAUACUCGUGACCGACGUCAACGACAACGCGCCAGUGAUGAAGGACUUUCAAAUCAUUUUCAACAACUAUAAGGAUUGUUUUCCAGUGGGACCAUUUGGCAGGGUGCCAGCUUAUGACGCUGACGUCACAGACAAGUUGCAAUAUCGAAUCCUAUCUGGGAACAACGCAAACCUGAUAUUACUGAACGAAACGACCGGUUCUAUGACGUUAUCGCCUCAACUCAACACGAACGUGCCGAAACUGGCAACGAUGGAAGUAUCGGUCACCGAUGGUGUGAACGAGAUCAAAGCGAUGAUGCAACUUUCCGUGCGACUUAUAACCGAGGAAAUGUUACUCAACUCGAUCACCGUCAGGUUGAAUGACAUGACGGCGGAACAGUUCCUCUCGCCACUCUUGGGAUUCUUCAUAGACGGCCUAGCGGCUAUCAUCCCGUGCCCUAAAGAGAACAUUUACAUCUUCAGCGUACAGGACGACACCGACGUAACUGGCAACAUUUUGAACGUUUCGUUCUCGGCGCGGAGGCCGGACGCGGAGGUGGGGGUCGCGGGGGACCCUUCGCCGCACUACUCGCCGACGCACCUGCGCGAACGGGUCUACUUACACAGAACGACUCUAGCCAGACUCGCCACUGUACAGGUCCUACCGUUCGAUGACAACAUCUGCGUUCACGAGCCUUGUCUCAACUUUGAGGAGUGCCUGACCGUGCUCAAGUUCGGGAACGCUUCGGGCUUCGUGAAUAGCGACUCGGUCCUGUUCAGACCGAUAUACCCUGUGACGUCAUUCACUUGCCAAUGUCCGGAAGGUUUUACCGGCUCGAGAGAACACUACAUGUGCGACACAGAGGUGGACCUUUGCUUUUCGUCUCCCUGCGUCAACAACGGAACGUGCGUCCGGAGAGAAGGCGGCUACACGUGCGUCUGCGCCGCCGGCUUUACGGGUGUUAAUUGCGAGACGAUCUUAACUAAAGCGAGUUGCGAAGUCGACGGCGACGGCUCUAUCUGCCGCAGCGGCUCGCAGUGCGUCGCGCGGCGGGAGGGCGGGAUCCUAUGUCAAGGGUGCUCCAUAGACGCGGCCUACACGACGGCGGUCUGCGAGCUGAGGGCCAGGAGCUUCCCCGUGUCUUCGUUUCUGACUUUCCCCGGACUGAAGAGACGACACCGUAUACAUCUGAAGCUGAAAUUCGCGACGCAAACAACAUCGGGCUUGCUCCUUUACAACGGUCGCUACAACGAGCGGCACGACUUCCUCGCCCUGGAACUCGUCAGUUCGGAGGCGGGUCGCGGCGGAGGGCCCGGCCUGAGGUUCAGCUUCUCGUUGGGAGGAGGGAAGAGCGAGAUCACUGUAGAGGGAAACGUUGGGGACGGCUCGUGGCAUACUGUCGAGAUAGAGUAUUUCAAUCGAACAAUAACAAUGAUUUUGGAUGACUGUGACAAGGUUUUAUCUUUGGCUGGCGCCGCCGAUUUUGGGCUCAAAUACGCAUGCGCGAAUUUCACUCGUAAAGUCCUGCCUGCGCGGUGUGAAAUCCCCACAGAAACAUGUCACAGAUUUCUCGAUCUGACAGGACCUCUCCAAAUCGGAGGCUUACCAAACAUACCCAGUAGCUUCCAGGUGAAGAACAAGGACUUUGUCGGCUGCAUAUCCGACUUUUAUAUCGACCACAAGUUUAUUGAUCUCAAUAGCUACGUGGCAGACAACGGCACGUUGGCCGGGUGCCCGGAGAAGCGUUCGAGGUGCAGCUCGGCGCCCUGCUACAACGGGGCCGAGUGCAGCGACCUCUGGGACACUUACAUCUGCGACUGCAAGGAAGGACACACGGGCAAGGACUGCGCUGAUUCUACGGGACCGCCGUGGCGCUUCGGUGGGGACGGCAUGCUGUCAUUUAACCCCCUGCUGAGGCCCAUACAGCUGCCGUGGCUGAACGCCUUGUCGAUACGGACCAGACAGAGGGACGCGUUUGUGAUGUCCAUACAAGUCGGGCAGAAUAGUACUAUCGUCAUCAGUCUGAAAUCCGGUCUCCUUCACUAUUCGUACAACGGUGAGACAAUGUAUCUCCCAAUGGCGACGUUGUCGGACGGAGCUUGGCACAGGAUAGAGAUAAAGUGGCUCGGCACCGACAUCUCCGUCACCGUCGACUACGGGCUGCGGACCGUCCUCAUGCCGAUGCUGGCCAACAAGAUACAGGGGCAAUACAUAGGGAAGAUUCUGAUUGGGGGACUGGACACUACAGCGGGACUUCUGGCCUCCGAUGUUGGAUUCUUUGAAGGUUGCAUCCAGGAUGUUCGUAUUGGAACUGCUCAGUCGCUUCUCAAUCGGCCAACGGUCAGAGAAAACGUGAGGGACGGCUGCCAAUCUAGAGCCGAUUGCAUGCUGUCAAUAUGUCCUCCUUAUAGUAAGUGUGUGACGUCAUGGGACAGCAGCACGUGUACGUGCGAGGCGGGUCGCGUGGGCCCGCAGUGCGUGUCGGCAUGCGAGCUCGGCCCGUGCGGCGCCGCGCGGUGCGUGCCCGACCAAACGCCCAAGGGCUACUCCUGCGCUUGCGAGCCUGGAUAUACUCUUACCACGUCAGGCUGCAUAGAAUCAGGGAAAGAAGAAUGUCCAGGAGGAUGGUGGGGUGGAAGCGCGUGUGGGCCGUGCGCUUGUGACGUCACACGUGGCUAUCAUCCACACUGCAACAAGGAGAACGGAAAAUGCCAUUGCAAAGAAAACCACUACAAGCCUGAAGGCACGGCGGAGUGUCUCCCGUGCCAGUGCUACGCGGCGGGGUCGGAGAACAGCUCGUGCGAGGCGGCGACCGGCCAGUGCCACUGCCGGCCCGGCGUCAUCGGCCGCGCCUGCGACGCCUGCGCCAACGCCUACGCCGAAGUCACGCCCAACUCUGGAUGUGAAGUGGUGUACGACGGAUGUCCGCGCUCUUUCGCGGGCGGUGUCUGGUGGCCGCGCACCAAGUUCGGCGUCGAGACCAUCACCGACUGUCCCCCGGGUUCGAGCGGCCGCGCGACCAGAACGUGCGACGAAACGAAAGACGUCCCCUGGCAGGACCCGGACAUGUUCAACUGUACAACGGCCACUUUUUAUCAGCUAAGGAAACAGCUUCACAAAAUCGAGACAGGAGAGUUGACUAUGAACACGUUUGUCGGGGUCCGCGUGGCCGCCGACCUGAGCACCGCGUGCGCCAACACGCCGCGCCUCUACGGAGCCGACGUCGUGGUCGCCGAGGGAAUACUGCUCGAGCUCAUGGACUACGAGCUGAGACAAGCCGGCUUGAACCUUACGCACAGUCAAGAUAAGGACUAUGUUCGGAAUUUACUGAAAUCAACGAACACAAUACUAAACGUCGAAUACGAGAGAGAAUGGAAACGCAUCCGCGAGCUGACGGGCCACGGCGCGGAACUGCUCGUGCAGAAGUUCGACGAGUACAUAGCGGUGCUCGCCGAGAGCCAACACGACACCUACACCAGCCCCUUCGAGAUCGUCACUAAGGACGUGGUGAUCAGCGUGGACACAGUGACUUCGGAGUCCAUUUACGGCUUCGAACCGACACAGUUGAACCGCCUCAACGUCGACUCCUACACGACCGAGAGAGUGGUCGCUCUGCCUGACACGUCGGCGUUCAUACAUUCGCCCAUACAGGCAACCGGUUACUAUGGCAACGGGAAAACUAACAAAAACAAGAAACCUUCCAGCCCCACCGUGUCCUUCCCGAAGUACAAUAAUUACGUGAGGAGCAAGAAUAAGUUCGACAAAUACACUAGAGUAUUGCUUCCUUUGGAUCUGUUGGGAAUUUCAAAUAAUAAUCUUCAAGACAUAACGGACACGAACUACGAAACGCGCGCCGUGUUCGGCUACGUCCAGUACUCGAGGAAUUCGUCUCAACUGAUGCCCCUGCGCAUGGACGACUCCGUCAGUCUUCGAUGGGGCGUCAACAUCACAAUAGGAUCGCCGAUAUUGCAAAUAGCAGUCUUCGUACCGGAAUCCAUCUGGACCAGAGAGACCGGUGAAGGAAGCGAGGAUAAUUCCAUCGAGCACAAUGCUGAAGAAACCGAAGGCAUCCUUUACGCAAACAGAGGCACAAAGCAUUACCAGGCUAACCGCGUUAGCAGCCAGCGCCAGAACCGGCCACACACAAAAGAAGAUCCUCCCGCGGAACACGGCCCCGUGCUCAUACAACCCGCGUUCAAAAAACACGAAAGAAACGACCAGAUACAGGAAAACGAGUCGUUGUUUGUCGCCGAUAGAGACGACGGACCCAAAGUGAUGGCGUUGGUCAUGGACGGAGAGACCAGAAGCAACGCGACCGGUGUCGGCAAGAAGAUGUACAGAAGUCUCAGCGGUAUAAGACUGAAGAAGCCGAUCAGACUACAGAUUUGGCUCGAUAUAAACAGAGAAACGUUCGGUUCGAGAACUAACCCGCAAUGUGUGCACUGGUCGACAUUGAGAGGGUCCGGUGAAUGGUCUCGCGUCGGUUGUCACACAGAAAUAGACUACGAUUGGUCGCCGUACUCUGAAGAGCCGCUACUAAUCAACUGCACGUGCAAUCAUUUGUCUACGUUUGCCGUUCUCGUCGACGAAGUGGACGUUGAGUUCAUUCCUGAGCCGUCCCUGCUCGAGUCAGUGACGUCAUACACUGCAUUCAGUAUAUCGCUCCCGCUCUUGCUCACGUCAUGGGCCGCGCUCUGUCUCAUUCGCGGGGGGGCUGCCACAGUAUCGAACUCGAUACACAAACAUUUGAUAUUCAGCGUGUUUAUGGCCGAGUUAUUGUAUUUGAUCGCACUGAAGGCGCGAACGUCUUUAGUCCAGAAUGAGUUCGCGUGCAAGGUGGUGGCGAUGUCGCUGCACUACUGGUGGGUGUGCGGCGCGGGCUGGGCGGCGUGCGACGCGUGGCAGCUGCGCCGGCUGCUGCGCGAGCUGCGCGACGUCAACCACGCGCCGCUGUGCGCGCCGCUCGCCGCCGCCUACGCCGCGCCCGCACUCGUGCUCGCGCUCGCCGCCUCGCACCGCCCGCACCAGUACGGGAACGCGCUCUUUUGCUGGGUGAGCUGCCACGAGCCCGUGGUGUGGUGGGUGGUGAUCCCGGCGGGAGUGUACGCGGCGGCCGCCUUCGUGUUCCUCGCCGGAGCCACCAGGGCGGCCUUCACGGUCAGGGACCACGUCACGGGAUUCGGCAACUUGAGGAUGCUGCUAGCGGUCAGCAUCGUGUGUCUCCCUCUGCUGUGCGUGGCCUGGGCGAGCGCGUUGCUGCUGGGUAGCGAGGCGGGGGGCCGUCGCCACGCGCUCAGCGCCGUGCUGUCCGGCGCCGUAUUGCUCCACGCCAUCGCCGCUUCCCUCGGAUACAUCGCCUUCAACGUCCGCGUACGGGACAACUUGAAGAGGACGGUAUUAAGGUGCAUGGGGAAGAAAGUGCCUUUAGCCGAUACGUCUGUCAUAAUCAGCAGCAGUGCCCAUAACCUCUCACAAGUGAACAGAUCAUCAUUGGCUUACCACAGCAGCACGGAGCCAGGUCGGCAGAUGCGGAACAUUGGCAUUUCAGCGUCUUCCACGACAUCUAGAUCCACGACGAAAACUAGUUCUAGUCCAUACAGCCGCAGCGAUGGACAGCUACGUCACACCAGCACCUCGACGUCUAACUACAACACGAGCGCGAGCGACAUGCCCGCCUACCUCCGGGGAUUCGACUCCUCGUUACACACCAGAAAAGACGAUGAGCGUCAUCGGCGCAAGUCGGAGAGGUCGGAGAGGGGUACGGAGCGGGGGGAGCGCGGGGAGGGCACGGAGGGGAGCGACAGUGAGAGCGAGGGCAGCGCGCGGAGCCUCGAACUCGCCUCCAGCCACUCGUCAGACGACGACGACACCUCCACCAGGAGAUCCAGCCACCCCCCCUCUGCCAACAGAGAGCGCAUCGCCAGCGGAAGUGCCAACAGCUAUUUACCAAAUAUAACGGAAGGCGCUCCUUUGGCUAUGUCCCCAAGAUGGCCGUCUCACGUGAGAGAAGACCAGAGCCGGCCGGAAAUGGGUAGAUGGUCGCAGGAGACCGGCUCCGACAACGAGGGCGCGAACAUGGGCAUCGCGACGCCAUCGCCCAACCCGCUCCCCAACCCGGACCUCACGUCCGACGUGUACCUCAACCGGCACCGCCUCAAGCCGUCGAUAUUGGAGAACGUACACGACACCUAUGUCGCUAGUGUCGACGCUUCGAGACUGCCUCUUGAUAACAGGUACGGAGUGAUGGAAGACGAAUUAAUGUACGGUGUUUUACCUAUCGAUCGAGAAAAACAAAUGCCAUACGAUCCGAACUACCCGAUAUCCCCCACGAUGUACCGGCUACCCGGGAACCCCUACGGCUCCAAAACCUACCUAUCGUCGAGAACUUCGGAUUACGGGUACAGUCCAACGAAAUACAUGAACGAUACGAACGUAUACGGGUCGAGGGAUUUCCGUGACUCCGGGGUCUCGACGAGGGACCACGACGGCUACCCGCCCAGGGACUUCAGGGACUCUGGUAUAGCUACGAUGCUGAAGAACGACUAUCAGAGGAAAAUGGAUGGGCACUACGGUGAAUACAACGACCGGAUGUCCGAGGGAUCCGAAAAACAUCACGGGCACGACAAAUACUUGUUCCCGUACACGGCCGAGGAAGAUCACGCAACUUUGCGUGGCUUGAGUCAGUCUCCUCGCACGCGUAGUGAGAUCCAACAUGCAGGGGAAGCACCACAGCAGAUGGGGGCGCCACUGGCAAGCAUGGGGGAAACAAGCGAGAAAUCUACUACUGAAGACGACGCCGAAACAAGAGUAUAACGUGUGAAGAUAGAAAAAGUUUUCCAAUGAAUCUCAAUGAAAAAUAAAUAAUACUUUUAUUUAACAAAGACUGCAACGAUCAAUUCCCACUGCCAUAAUUUAAAUUGUGUGUAUCGACGUAUUUUUCUUACUCUUAAACAAUAGUAGUAGUAUUUGAAAAUGACUUCAGUGUAGGUCUAAGUUUACAUUUUUUGUGCUUAAACCAAAAUCAGUAUUUAGUAGUAAAAAAAAAAACAAUGUCAACGUUUUUCAAAUAUGUCAAGAGUCACAAUUAAUUCGCACCAUUAAAUUUUAGUUGAUCAAUUUUUGUAUUACGCAAACAAUAUUUAUUUGUACCGAAUGAAUCCGUAGCGCGGAAUUCCGAAGGUGGAAUUAAUAUAACGGUGCUAACCAAGAAGGCGGGAUAGCGAACAAUUUAGCGCGUGCAUAUUAAUGUUGAAAGAAAACUUGUUUAUCUAUUAAAAAAAAGGUGAAUGUCAAAAGAAGUAGGUAUCCAUGAAAGAAACUCCAUUUUGAAGCGACUUAUUGAUGUUAUAGAAAAAGUUUCUAAGAAAAUUUUGUAGGUUAACUUAUUGACCAAAUCAGUUACACGAUAGGUUUUGAUGUGUCAAAUCGCUCUCAACAAAAGGCUUGAACAACUGAAGAACUUGAAUCGACUUUUGUUUCUUUAAUGUAACGAAAGUCAAUUAAAACCGCUCUCGUUUUACUAAUUGAUCCACUAAAAUUUACUUGUGUGAACUUUCGUAUUCUAGAAUACCAUUCGAUCUGUCGAAGCUUAUAUUAAUCGGCAUUAGAAAAUCUUAGAAAUAGCUUUAGCAAUUUUCAUUACGUGCGUGUACCGGGUUUUCAACGAACAAGUUAUCCUACGUAAUAUUCCAACUAUGUUGAAUGAUUAUUUAGUGUCGUUGGCAACCUCAAGAAUCGCUAGCUUUAAUAAAUAUUUAGUUUUAAAUAUCAAAUAGGCUAUGGAUUGAAUUAAAUAUGUAGUAUCUAUUUUCGUACUCAUUAGAUCAGAAUUAGAGUUAUUGCAUCAUUUUAUUAAUAUGUAUAUCACAAUAUGAUGUAAAACUGAAUUAAAUACAUACGGAAUUGAAUUAUUUUCGUUUUAAAGUAUAGAAAAGAAUAAUCAAGUUUUGUUUACGCCAAAUUUACAACUUAAAAAACUUAAACAAAUUAUUAAAAACUGUCGUAGUACGAAUCACAAUAUGAAAUCAAAGGAAUUAUGAAAAAAACAUAUUACAUUGAGACGACAAUAUUUUUUUAAAAGCAAUUAAACCCUAAAAAUGUUAAUGAAAAUGUCUUCUUCUUUCUUUCCUAUAUUACCCUCUGCUGGGGUUUAGGGUUCGAAUCAAAUUCUAAAAUGAAAAUUUUAAUUCGAAAAAUAUGUUUUUGUCUUAAUUGCUAUCAAAGGUAGUAGCUAUGCGAUACCUGGGGUUAUCGUAAUUGGUGACCAUCAUUCAUGAACUAGGGCGCGAACUGCGCAAGUAACUGCACUGACAUGUAUCGCAAUAUAUUUAAUAAAUAGAUUCAAUUUAAGAUACUCUUUAAUAAAUCCAACCAUAACACUCUAUUCUGGGUUAUUUUGCUAAUUAAGUCUCAAAUUAUAAAAUACUCAAUUAAGAUUAAAAAUUAUCUAAGUAGUCAUAAGAUUUAGCUAAUUCAGUUGUCUUGCGGUUUAUGUAAAUAGUGUUGUGUGCAUUUUGAGCGUUUUAACACGAAGAGUCCACCUAUUUUGUAAAUAAAUAGAUUUUUACGGAUUAAUGUAGUGAACAAAAAUUCACGCUAAGAUGUUAAAAACAAGCUUUAUUAGGUAUUCAGUAGAGAUUGCCAUACUUAAUUUUAUUGAAUUUUUAAGUACAAUUAUGAUGUAUGUAUGUAGUAAAAUAAUAUAGAUAAAUUAUUUGUAUUCAGUUGUAACCAAAGUAGAAUAACCUCUCUGUGGUGAAUACUUUUAAUACAAAAUGAGAAUAAGCCGCGACAUGCGUGCAUUAUAUUUCUGUUUUUUCCAUUAUUAGAAUAAACGAAACUUACUUUCUACGCUUAUCCAAAAAAAAAAAUGCAAAAAGAUUUUGUUACUCACGUCCUGUACCUUCUUGAUACGACUUUACAAAAAUAACAGCACAAGUGUAGGUAAACUUAACAUAUUUUAACUUUGUAAUAGACAGUAGGUAAUGAAUGUCUCGUCGUGGUUUCGUGUUAAAACCAAGCAGGAUUCCUUUACCUACUUCAUUUAAAUGAAUGAUAUUUUAUGAAAAAAUUCAAAAUUCAAUGGAACGCUGUCAUGUCACGUGACAGGAAUGUACUACGUAACAAACUAAGUAGGUACCUAAGUUUGACUAGCGUCUCGAGCCGGCCCUUAUAAUUAUAUAAAUUUUGCUCUGCAGCAUUUUAGUUGAUCCUAAAAUCUUGGGAUUAACAAACUAUUAUGAACAAUUUGUAGUGAUUUUCGUGUAACAGUCAAAUUACCGAUUGAAGAAACUGAUAGCUCAUAGGUACCAAUUAAGCGCGGUAGAUUAAGUUUUUCACAAUUAAUUGAAUCUAUCAUUACAUUCCACUUUCCAAAAAUUAUAUUUGUGUCUAGUAAAGCGUGUAGUCAGCGUUGAUUUUGUACGUAAAUUUUACAAGCCUUUAAUUGUGGUACAAAUUUGUUUUAUAAAUAAAUUUGCAAAAUAA